UUUUACUUUUUCAUCUCAGUUUAUGAAUUUUUGUGUGGAUUCCUAUUUUUAAUUGUGUAUUAAUGUAAAAAAAUGCAAUAGGAUUUUUAAGAAAAGUGUGAAAAAUACUUUAAAAGUGAACAUUGGCAGUUAUUACUUUCCUUUUAUAGAUUUUUAUACAUAUUUACAAAUACGUCCAAUGUCUACGAGACAUUUUUUUAGUUGCUUAUACAAAUUUUUACUGCCUUUGGCUUUACCUUCAACCAAUAAUAAAAAAUUAUUACAAAUUUAAAGGGAAAUUCCAACGAAAACUACAAUAAAUAAUGUUAAAAGACGAGGAGGAUUAUAAAAAGGAAAAUUUUUUGUCUAUAUUAUUAAUGUCGGCAAAUGUUGCCCUAACAUUGGUGGUAAUGUUGGCAGCCUGUCUCUGUUGCAAGAAAAAAAUCCCAAAAAAUGACCUUAUGGGUCUGGAGGGUAAAGUAAAGUUAAAUAAUCCUGAUGAUUUAGUAGUAGUUACCACCUUAAAUACCAGUGAAUCACAUGCAGAUCUUAAUAAUUCAACUAUUUCCCAAGGAGACUCUGAGAAAAGAGCUAGUACUGCAGCACAUCGUUCCUUGCCCGAUAUACCAGUAGCUGAUGUUAAUGGCGAUACUGGCUCAGAGUUGUAUGAAACUGUAGCUGAUAAAAUGCUAUUGGAAUCUCAAAAUCAGAUUAAAAGUCCUACUCCCAGUUUGAAAAAACAAAUAAGUGUUUCACAACAUAGUUCCAUAAGUCAAGCAGAUGACGUUAGUUCACCAUAUUCAAGAGUUAAAAACUCGCCACACGACUAUGCUAAAGUAAGACCAACGGAACAUCCUUAUGCUCAGUUAAAUGCACCAUCAACAUCUCAAUCUGCUAAUGCACAACUUAAUACAUCCCACGUAGACAUUAGCAGUCAGUCAAUAGGUACACAAUCUGUUUCUAUAAUCAAUGAACAACAACAUCAACAGCGUACAUCACAUCACAGUGAUAAUUCUCAAAAUCACAAUGAAACCCCUGCACCUCAGGUUGAAAUACCUGCUGCUUCGGCAAUUGCUGGCAUGAUAUCGGCCAGUCAAGAUUUACCUUAUAUGACGCCACCAAUAGCUAAUCAACAUUUUAGUGGAGACUCACAGGAUUCUUCCAAAGGUUAUACCAGUAUUAGUGUACGAGAACCUUUAGCCAAUAUUUUGGCACAACAACCAGCACCACAAGUGCAAAUACGCAGCACAACACAUUCUCGUGAUGUAAAUGAUUCGCAUUAUGCCACAGUAUCAGAUGAUUCGGACGAAACCUAUGCUGCCAUUGAAGAUCCCAAUACACGUUUACAACAUGCCAAUACCACAACUGAUAUUUAUACUAGUGGUUCUGAGACAUAUGCCCAGAUACAACCAAUGCAAUCACCUAAUUCUAUAGUAGUUUCAGUUGAAAUCAAUAAUGCCAGUACAUCAACUUUGGCAUCAUCAAACUCUACGCUGACUGGUGCAGCAGCACCUCAUAAUACUUCACUAUUAUCAUGUGAACAAGCAAAUACUUCAUUGUCGUCUCAACAUUCGUCUAGUACAGUUAUAGGACCUUUACGUAGCAGCUUAGAGCACAAUUCGAAUAAUACACCAAUUCCACCACCUGUUGAUAGUUUACGGGCCCAAAUGCAUUCGAGGCAGGCCUCAGCAUCGUCUAAUAAUAGUUCUUCUUUGUGCAAUUUAGGUUCACCAAAACCCGAAAAACGACAGGCUAAUUCGCCUCUACCACCGACUCCAAAGUCAAAUCUUUCGUCAAGCACUCAAUUGCAAGCAAUGAGUUCCACCAGCAACUUGACUUCGGGACGAAAUUCUGUUAUAUCUGUGAUUGAAUGUGCGGGUGAGUUGAAUGAAUUGGGCUCUGGAGAACUAUCGCAACAAGAUGGUUCACCGCAACGUAGAAACAAAAGCCUAAGUCCUUCCAAAGAUAUAGAGGGAAUGUAUGCUAAGGUCAUGAAGAAAAAUAAAUUUUCAAGAAACUCACCUUCAUCACAAAAUAAUUCACCAGUAUUGCAACGCAAAAACGAUGAACAUAAUUCUGCUAAUUUAGGCUUGAGUCCUCUAGAUUCAAUGGCCGCUGAUCUUUUAGAAAAUAAUGUUAGUGUUUUAAGCUCAGGCGAUAGAAGCCGCUUACGCAGCAAUAGCUAUGGCGCCACUAAGGAUCACGGUUACGAAACUAUACCAGCCGAUGCUAUGAGAUCAAAUUCAUCGCAUGGAGUCAUUGAAAAUCGAAAAUCUGAUUGUUAUGCUCAUAUUUUACAAAAGGAACGCCAACGUGAAGGUGUUCAUACCUCAUCAAAACCACCGAUUACCGUCUAUAGUGUACAAUUAAACAGUAGCGAUAAACAUUAUGAAACUAUUGCUAAUCCCGGCUUAACAAAUAGUUCAAACGAUCCUGGAUACGAAACAUUAUUAAAACCAAAAAUUAAUUCCUCCUUAAUUGAUGACAGUGAAAAAAAAUCUUCCGACUAUGAUCCAAAUUAUGAAGUGCUUAAAGGACCAAAUGUUACUGCUUGCAUCAAUUCAGCAGGUGCCUCGGAUGAUGGUUAUGCCAAAGUAUUGGAAAAGAAACGUAUAAAUAUCGAUGAAGAUUCCAUUGACGGUUACAGCAAGGUGAAGGGAGAAGAGAGCGAUGAUAUGCGCAAUGUCACUACUGGGGGUUAUAGUACUAUUGCCGAUGUCAAGGGUCCAGAUGCUAACCACAACUAUGCCAGUAUUUUGGAAGCUAAGGGAGGAGCGGAAGGCAGUAAUGAAACUGAUAGCGAUCACUAUGCACGCAUUGCUGAGAAAAUUGAGCCGACUACACCAACUUUGCCUCUCAGCAAUUCCAGCAAGUCAAUGGUAGAUGAGUUACUAACACCACGCACCGCUGAUUUAUCCAUAACUUCACCAACAUCCAUUACUAGUAGCUCCAUCUUAAACACUAGUUCCAUUAAUUCCACAUCCACUAAUCAGACCACCACUAGCACAAUAAGUUCACGCCAAACUCCUACCUCCUCUUCUCAAUAUGAAUCCCUUACAGGAAGUGAAACUGACCCCAACUAUGAAUCCGUCUGCUAUUUAAAUACAUCUGGCCAGGAAAAUCCAUAUGAACGUCUGCAGACCGAGUUCUCUGAUGACACCCAACUAAGUUCGCCACCAUUAAGUCCGGCUACAUCAAACACCAGUUCAUCAGCCCAUACGCCGUCAGCCAUGCAAACAGAACAUUCCACCAACAAAACAUUAGCAACAAAUGGUUCCAAAAUUAAUUUGACAGCUGAUCCAAAUGCAGAUAUUUUGGUCAAUGACUAUUUUCAAGUAUAAACACAAUUUUUUAAGUACUCUAAAGUGAUUCCAUUAAUUAAACGAUUAAUGACUUUUUAUAUAAACAUAUAGAUAUAUACAAACAAAUCAACAAUUAAAUAAAUUAAUAGUGCUGUUGUAGUGACACAGUUAGCCAGAGUUAUAGGGAAAAUACAUAUAUAUUUUUAAGGCUUUGCUUAGCAAUCUCCAUCAUUAUUAAGUAUUUGCACAUACACACAUAUCAUUUCAAUGAUACUUUAUAAGAAUCUUCGUUUAUAGCUUUAAAAAAGUUUGAUUUUCAUUAUUUAAGAAAAAAAUUAAGUACCAUUUCCAAAUUCUAUUGUACAAUAUUUUAUUUCUCCAAUUUUUUUAUACAAAUUUUUGAAAAAAAUACAAACUAUUUUUGGAAAAUUUGUAAAUAGGGGAAAUAAUUAUUUUUGUACUCUAUGAAAUUGUAAAUGUUUUAAUAGUACUUUGUACUAUACACUCCGUAUGUAAAUACACAUACACAGAUUUUAUUAUAAUUAUUAUUUAAAAAUUGUUUUUAUUUGUAAUACUUAUAUUUGUUUGAUCUUUUCUCUUCACCAUUUUUAUUUUAUUUUUUUCUCCAUUUUUGUUUUACUCCAUUAUUGAGUGUCACAUUGGGGCACCAAAUGCAGCUAAAGUUGUUUUUUUUUUUCUUGUUGUUUUAUAAUUUUUUUAAAAAUAGUUAUUAUUAUUUUUUUCUUUAAACUAUACAAUACAAAGCACAAUUAAACGCACUCAUGCACUUUUGUUAAAACAUUAAAAUUUUUAUUUUAUUUUUUAUUUUGAUUUGCUUAGAUAAAAAAUUAUAUCUAAAGUUGAGAAUAGAAAAGAGAAAUUACAUUACAAAAAAUUUACAUAUGUUUAAUUUUUUAUUAAAUUAUUUAUUAUUUCAGAACAUACAAAUGAAAUAAAAUUAUAUAUUAAAUAAGGCCUUUUUUAAUAUGCCUAUAAAA